AUGGUUGCAACCCGUAAGAAGAUCACCACAACCACCAUUGAACAAGAAAAAGUGGUUGAAAAGCGUGCCCUUUCAUCAGAAGAGACUGAUGAACAACAAACCACAGUUGUAAAGAAGGCCAAAGUGACCAAGAAAAAGACAAACGUGUGGACACCGUUUGAUCCAUCGUUGCCCAACAACAUGACAUUUCCCACCGAAUUCAACAUUCCAGAAAAGCCUGACCAUAGCAUCAAAAUUGCAUCGUACAAUGUGGCUGGAUUAGCCGCUUGUAUCAAGAAGGGAUUCAAUACCUAUGUCAAUGCAGAGGAUGCUGACAUUCUGUGCAUCCAGGAACACAAGCAAAAUGCGCCCUUGUCCACUGCUGUGGAUGACAAGGUCUACAAGUAUCGUUACUGGGCAAUUGACGAAAAGAAGGGCUAUGCUGGUGUUGCCCUGUUCUCCAAGUACAAGCCUUCCAAUGUGAUUUAUGGCAUUCCUGGAUUUGAAACAACCACACGAGGAAGAGUGCUUUCUUUGACAUAUCCAAGUUUCACGUUGAUUGGAUGCUAUGUGCCUAAUGCUGGAGAUAAGCUGGUUCGUUUACCCGAACGACAGGUGUUUAAUGAUCGCAUGGAAAAGUACAUUCGCUCGCUGCAAAAGGAAGGCAAAUCUGUGAUUUGGACUGGUGAUUUGAACGUUGCUCAUACACCAGAUGAUCUCGCUCGCCCAGAGACAAAUCAGCGUUCAGCUGGCUUCACUAUUGAAGAGAGAACCGAUUUUGACAAGGUGUUGAAUCCAUCCAAAGAGGACAACUUGCCAGGAUUGAUUGACACUUGGCGCCACUUUCAUCCAGAACAAAAGGGACACUACACAUACUAUGGAUACCGCUUCAAAUGUCGUGAAAAACUGAUGGGAUGGAGAUUAGAUUACUUUUUAACAACACCUGAUUUAUUGGACAAGGUUGUAUCGAGUGACAUUCGACACGAGGCAUGGGGAGCAAGUGAUCAUGUACCUUUGGUUUUGACGCUCAAAGAUGUCGAGUUGUAA